CUUCCGGCGGCGUGAUCGCUCUUUCCGGUCCCCGUGCGGCGGCAGAGAGAGGAGCGGCGGCGGCGGCGGCGGGAUGAAACCCAUCCUGUUACAGGGUCAUGAAAGAUCAAUCACACAGAUUAAGUACAACAGGGAGGGAGAUUUGGUGUUCUCCUGUGCAAAGGACACUGUCGUUAAUGUCUGGUAUUCUUUGAAUGGAGAGAGGCUUGGCACUUACAAUGGGCACACAGGAGCAGUGUGGUGCGUGGAUGUUGACUGGGAUACAAAGCAAGUGUUAACCGGUUCUGCAGAUAACUCGUGCAGACUUUGGGACUGUGAAACAGGGAAGCAACUUGCUUUGUUUAAAACCAGCUCUGCAGUCCGAACGGGUGGAUUUGACUUCAGUGGCAACAUCAUCAUGUUUACAACAGACAAGCAAAUGGGCUACAAUUGUUACGUCAGCUUCUUUGACAUUCGAGAUCCUGCUCAAAUAAGUAAUAAUGAACCGUACAUGAAGGUGUCAGCCAAUGAAUCCAAAAUAACAAGUGCUGUUUGGGGACCCCUUGGAGAAUUUGUCAUUGCAGGGCAUGAGAAUGGUGAAUUGGUCCAGUUCAGUGCCAAGUCUGGGGAAGUAAUUUCUAAAGCCAAAGAGCACACCAAGCAAAUUAAUGACAUCCAGACAUCCUUAGACCUGACCAUGUUUAUUACUGCUUCAAAGGAUAAUACUGCUAAGCUGUUUGAUUCUGCGAGUUUAGAGCACUUGAAGACAUUCAGGACUGAACGACCUGUGAAUUCUGCUGCUAUUUCACCUUCUGUGGAACAUGUUGUUCUUGGUGGUGGUCAGGAAGCCAUGGAUGUAACAACCACCUCAACCAGAAUUGGGAAGUUUGAAGCUCGGUUUUUCCAUUUGUCUUUUGAAGAGGAGUUUGGUAGGGUAAAGGGUCACUUUGGCCCAAUCAAUAGUGUGGCCUUCCAUCCAGACGGGAAAAGCUACAGCAGUGGAGGUGAAGAUGGUUACGUGAGAAUACAUCACUUUGACCCGCAGUAUUUUGAAUUUGAGAUGGAAUUUUAAGGUGUGGAGAGUGUUGUUUCCAAAUUGUAACGGAGGGUUUAUUUUGUUAAAUAAAUACAGAAGAAUGUUAACAGCA